GACAAUAACAAUGAAACCUACACAAAAGAACAAUUAAUAACAUCUAGUGUUGGCCUAACAACUAAUUCUAUCGGGUUUAUAAUAUUUCUAAUCAUAUCACUCUUCAUGCUAACUGUUUUCAUAAUGAAUUACAAAAAAAUGGUGUACAAUAAGAAAUUACUAUAUUUAGUCGUUUUGCUAGUGUUGGCAUUGCAAGAAUGCUUUCAACUCUCAGUGGUGAGCACAACUUUAUCAAUACUGUUCAAUUCUGGAGUGAUUUUUCCUUGUAUUAGUUUUAGUUCAGAGUUGUCACUUUUUUUCUUGACCAUUGUAAUGUACACCAAUUGUCAGAGCGUAAUUACAAAGAUUUUGUAUGAAUUGUAUUUCAACAAAGCACAUGAGUGGAUGAGAAUGAAUGCAAAUAACCAAAAAGCAGCACUUGGGGUCAAAUGGUCCAGUAUUUCCAUUCUUGCAAUACUCAAUUUGACAUUUAUAUUACUUGUUCCCUUUUUGUUUGCUUUGGUGUUUUUUAUUUUUGAUUCAGAAAAGAAAUUGACGAUAUCUGAACAUGCCUUCAAGAUUGUUUCAGCUGUUUCUAAUGUGUUUUUAGUAACUUUCCUAGUGAGCACUUGUAUUGCAACCUUUUUUUUCACAUUCCUUAAUAUGGUAAUUGUUGUCUUGCUGAUUAGGAAAUUAAUUUUAAAUCAAAGGUUUCCAGUUACAGAGCAAAGAAGAAAGGGCUGCAGAAAUUUACUAAUACUUUCAUUUGGUCAACUCUACGUUGCACUUCUCAAUGUUCUAGUUCUAAUACUUGCUUUUUUAGGAGUAGUUGUGUAUUUCCCAUUGUUUCAUGUUAGUUUGAUCAUUCAAAAGGUUGCCAUGUUGUGUUUUUGUGUUGUUGUUACGUUUUCAUUUGGUCCAUUAGAUCAUAUCAUUCUAGAAUUCAGAAAUAGCUCACAACAAGUGGCAAAUGUUGAAAUAAUUCAAAAAAGAGAUGAAAUAUCCCAACAAGUGGCUUCCAAUUAUUCAGAAAUUGUCAGAAAGGAGGAAUUCAGGGAGGAAGAAUCAACUCCAACAACCAAUAGUGAAAUACCAAUAAUGGUUGACGCUGUUGAGAUUUUCACAGAAAUUCCACUUGAUUGAACUUUAAGUUCCAUUUCCAUUGUGCAAAGAUAAUUCAUCUUCAUUUGAUGUGGUAGUAGAUCUCUCCAAUUACAAGUAUUGAUGUUCAUCUGUUCCCUUAAUAUUUAAAUAUAAUAAAAAAAUGCAACGAUUUAAUCGC